CCUCUGCGCUACUUUAUCGUGAUUGGAGAGAUGGGUUGUGACUGGCUUUGGUAUAGCCCUAUUGUUGGCUAGCCAUGUGCUGCGUUUGUCCCGUUCAGUCACUUUAAUGCCUGCAGCUCUGAGUGCGACACCGGGCGAGUGUGGAGUCUGCGGUGCGCCUCUAGAAGAGCUGAGUUAGGAUGCUGCGGCAUGCGGAUAGAUCGCUGUAUAGCACAUCGCAGCUUUAGGUAACAGGAUGACGACGUUGCAAACUCUUGCACAGAAUUACUGAGCACUCGGCAAAAGUCAUUUACAGUGCGUUUAAGGAGGCAUCUAAACAUUGGGCAGUCCGGCAUUUAAAAAUAAAAUGUAUUGGUGGCUGUUUUUUGAUACUGAGAGAAAUCAACGUUUGUGUGUCUCUUACUACACCUCGUGCAUGAAUUUCCAGCCUGCGACAAAACAGUUCUAGGAUUUCGCUGGAUGUGGGAUACGUAAGGACUUAAAACAGGUUAUUGUUCCACCCUGUUUCCCCCUCAUCCUCUGAAUAUGUUCAAGGCCCUGGCAGGAAUUUGUUUGCUUCAUCUGACUACAAUUUUCUUCCUUUUUUGGGCAACUAUAGAUGAUGCAUGGUGGUUCACAGAGAACCUUUAUACAGACUUGUGGGGCAGAUGGGUGAUGGAGAACAAUGAUAAUGUCUGGGUGUACAUGGACAUACCAACCUCAUACCGGAAGGACUAUCUGCAAGCAGUCCAGGCGUUUGCAGUGCUGUCCUGCCUGUUUGCUGUGUUCUCUCUUUGUUCUUUUGUCUUCCAACUCUUUACUCUGGGUAAAGGAAAGCGGUUCACCAUCUCUGGAGUCGUGCAGCUCAUCUCCUGUUUCUGCAUCAUGGUGGCUCUGUCAGUCUAUACCGAUCACUUUCACAGAGACGAGAAGAAUGGCUGGUAUGGCUGGUCCUACAUCAUGGCCUGGUUUGGGUGGCUGCUGACCCUCUUCACUGGAAUUAUGUACAUCAUCCUGCGCAAACGAGUGGAUUAAACUUUAGACCUCGCUCUCAGUGCUAAUGUACAGCCUUAAUUAUUUUUCUUUAAAGUCUAAGUACAGAACUUGAAAAAUAAUGAGUUGUCUCAAAUAUUACAGGCGUUGGUUGGAAUUGUAGAAACGUGCGCAACAAAUCACAGCAUCAGCAGUUCAUUGAAACAUUAAAAUCUGUCAGUGAGAAAGGGUUGAUUCAGCAUUUGAGGAAAAUUGGCCAGAAAAGUUUCUUAAACAAGAAGAGAAAAGUUUUUUUUGUUUUUUUUGCAUUUUUGUUUAGAGUAAUACUAUAGAUUGGUUUGAUGGGUCAUCUUUCCUAGUUUCGUAAAGCACUGAGGGGAGUAAGAGGGUCUAAACACUUUAUUGCAGGGGUGGUGACGAUGCAGUAUAUACAAGAAUGAUAUGUAAAAAAUUAUUUAUAACAUGUAUAAAGAGAAAGAUAAGUUGUACAUAUACAGUACAUACAGAAAAAUAUAUGUUAUCAAAGUGUAGUUUUAAACACCACUUGCACUUUAAGAAUUAGCUUUGUCUUAAACAUGGGUUUAUUUUAUUUCAAUAUAUUUUUUUUUUGUUGUAGAUGGCAAUAGCACAGGAUAGUUCUCUACUGUAGGUCAAGAUAAGGGUCAAAUUUUUGUUACUGUGAUGCAUCAUGGUGCUGUUCAAAUUUGUGAUCACUCACUUGGUCAUGUAGACUUCUGAAUACACAAUCCUUUUGUAAUUGCACUGUACAGGCCCUCUGCCAACAUAUUUAUUUGCAAUUUCUGUGUGGACAAAGGCUUUCUUGAUAAUGAAAUGGGCUCUGUUGCUAUGCCAGCCAUUUUUGAUUAGCAUGACGAUGAUGAUGAUGAAUGAUUGUUGAUGUGGUCAGAUGAUCACCCUGUAAAAUUCUAGAGCACAGAAUGUUCCAAAAGAAUUUAUAAAAAGCUUCUUUUUUUUUAAUGUUUUAUGGAAGUAAUUAUUCAACAUCCUCUCAAGGGAAAAAGCUCCUUAUGGACAUCCAAUCCAAUCUUCAGUUUCUGCUUACUUUGUUUGGUUAAAGUUUUAGUUGGCUCUAGAUGUAUUUUUAUGUUGCAGUAUGACAGUAAAUGGAAAGGAUUUUAUUUUUUCAAUGCAAAGCCAAACAGUGUAAACCAGGGAUGACAUUAAUUUUAGUAAUCACACAAAUAAAAACCUUGCCAUAAGA